GAGCAGGCCCGAGUGCGCAAAUGAUUACAAUGAAGAUGAGAUGACUCAGGCCAUGCGGUGACCCAAGGGCUUUUUUUGCCAACUCUUCCUUUCCAGGCUGUCGUCUGAUCUCAACUUCCGUGAUCUCUCAACUUUUCCUCGGAAGUAGAUUGACCUAGGGCCGACCUCUCAAAUAAUCGCCCUCCUUUACUUUAUUAUUUUUGGUCGGUGGUGAACUUGACUAUGACAAACCAAAUAGAUUCCAACAUGCAACAAGAAAGACACCUCGCCUCCUCCGAAUUCCGCUCCUACCCGUACCUCACCCCAGAGGAGUUCACCGAGGUCUGCCACCACCUCGAGAGGCGCUACUGCCAGGCCCGCCUCGGCGUCCAACGGCGACGAUGGAUGCUGGACACCUUCCGGGCGUUUAACACGGCCGACUUCACCUUCGGCCCGGAGUACGGCACUUACCUCGUGAUCCGGAGGCCACUGGACGCCGUCCGGGACGACGAGGGGCUGUCGAGCUGCAUGGGUGCGUUCUCUCUGGGCGAGGAAACGGGGGGCGAGGACGAUGACAGCGAGAUGAUGGAGGCCGAGGAAGCCGAUCAAGUACGCUACGCUGCACUAGUACAAUCGGGUGAUGUCCCACCGUGUAUGGCUCGGGGAGAGAAAGAGGAAAAGAGUCUUAACGCUCUGCAGGCAAACCACGUCCAGCUGGACGACAGGGACUAUCUCCCCCACGGCGCUCGACCGAGACCGCGCGUCCGAUAUGAAAUCAUUCUGCACCCGACAUACCAGGUGCCCUGCCUCUGGUUCAACCUCCAGGACCUACCCGCUGACGAGGACCCCUUGAACAUCGACACAGUGUUCAGGUGGUUAGUGCCGGACGAGUACAAGGCGCCACUGCGGGCUAGCGUGGGGAGAAUUGGUGGAAUCUCGCUUGACGUGCGUCGCCCAACCCUCCCCUUCGCUUCCCUUCUUAUAUUUGUGAUUUGCCAUGUCUUGAUGAGCUAGAUACUGGCUGUUAACCGGCAUUCCGCAUGAUGGCCUAGACUAACACGAACCAUUUUCUUUUCUCUCUCCAUCCUGCAGAGCCACCCCUUCACUGGCAUGCCGUCUUUCUUCAUCCACCCUUGUCUCAUCGGCGAGGCCAUGGAGAAAAUCGACUG